GGUGUGCUAUCAUACAGUGCCUUAUAAUUCUUGUUAUACAAGGAUAUACAUGUGUUUGAUAAUUAUAAAUUGAAGAACUAAUGCAUAAAUAAUAAAACAGGAUUGAAAAAAAAUUGAUACAGAGAGGAAACUGUUGAAAAAGUGUUGAAUUUAGUUUAUGUAUUAAAAGAAAAAGAACCAUCAACUUGGAAUAAUUUUCUACUUUGUUUCAAACAAAAAUGACAUUUUAGGCAUUUUAUACAUUCAGGCAAUUUAUACAGUUUUUGCUUUGAUGUUUUAUAAGUGUAAAGAUAGAAGAUAAGACAAUGACUGGGAUAGGCUGGAUGACUUUAUAUUGAAGUAUGCCUCCUACCAGUAUAGUGUGUAUCCCAGAUAUCUCUGAUGAGGUAUGUAUAGUGUGUAUCCCAGAUAUCUCUGAUGAGGUAUCUAAGGAGGGGAGAGUACAGAUUGACUUCCUACUUCCUAAUGGUAUGUUUAUACAGCUCAUUGUUGACUUCCACAAACCACUCGAUCUACUCAAACAGACAUUAUGGGAGUCGGCAAGGAAGUUCCCAUUGUUUGGAAAAUUGAAGGGGAAAGAUAACUACUUCUUUGAAUACCUCAACAGAAAUGGAGAAAGGGAAGAGGUUAUGGAUGAAAGUCUCCGCCUUAGUGAAAUACGACCAAUUGGAAAGUUUCUCCGCCUCCAGGAACGACAUGAUGAUGAAGGACACCAGACCAUUGACAGACAGAUCUCAAGCCUUUUAGGCAGUAAACUUACCAUGGAAAUGCAUGCAAUGCCACGGAUAGAGGUUGAUGACUUCAGGAAAAGGAUGUUCGAUUUUGCACUCAGUAAAGUGCCACAACAAAAUGAUUUCCAGGCUGUGUUUGAGAACAAGCACCCACUACAACUACGUAGUUCUGAUCACCUACCAGAUGAGCUGAUGAAGAAGUUGAACAAUGGUUAUCUAGUUGUGUCAGUCAGGAUACAAGAAGCAAAGACAAAGUUCCUGAUCCAGUCCCAUGUAAAGGAGAGUCCAGAGAUGAUUAUAGACAAUGCUGUAUGCAAGUGGCAUAAUCGGUCUGUGAGAAACUUUUACGAUUAUGUACUCAAAGUUGUUGGUCAAGAAGACUACUUGUAUGGUAAAACUGCUCUACAACAAUUCAAGUAUGUAUAUAGCUGUAUUCAACGUAACAUGGCCCCAGAGUUCUGGUUAGUCAACAGAAAAAGUAUCCUCUCUGUUGAUCCAAGUUCAAGACAAAGACCACUACCAAAAUUACCUCAAUACCACAUGUUGAACAAACACCAGGACGCCCUGGUCUGGGACAUUGAGGACUGCUUCGAGUUCCAGGUGAAGGGUAUACAAAAUGUGGAAAUCACUUCUGACCAAGUUAGAGAUAACAUUGAUAAGGUGAAACUGUUUGUUGGGUUAUACCAUGGCAGUGAUGUACUUGGUGAUGUGAAAACAACAGCAGAAAUGCCUGUUAUAUAUGGUAACUGUAACAUCGGUGCAACAUUGACCUUUGACCUCCAGGUGAAAGAUGUUCAGACUGCAAGCAGACUAUGUUUUACCCUACACGGACGGAUGAGAGGGGCCAAGAGUUUGAAUCCAAUAGCUUGGGUAAACAUUCCAGUAUUUGACUUCCGAUCUCGACUGUUAGUAGGAGAACAUAAGUUAGCUAUGUGGCCUGUCACAGCGGAGUUACAACUUGAAGAAACAGGAUGCUAUCCACUAGGAAGUGUGUCAUUGAACCCUCAUAACACGAUCAUGCUAACUGUCUACUUCUCCGAUUAUAACAGAAAUCCACCUAUUGUGUUCCCCUCUGAUGAAAAGAUCAAUGAAUGUGCUGCUGAGAAUAUGGAGAUGCCUGCUGCACCAGGACAUCCUGACUGGCACCCACCAAGGAAAAUGGUAGAACAGCUAGAUGAUAUACUGAACUCGCGACAGUGGGACUGUCUGCAUGAACAGGAUAAGGAACUGGUGUGGAUAAUGAGGGUAGAGAUACGUGAGAAAAAUGCCCAUGCCUUGCCGCUUGUCUUGAAGUCUGUGAAAUGGAAUAAUCACAUAGAUGUUGCAAAGAUGCAGAUAUUGUUGAGCUCGUGGAGACAGAAGAUUCCUGUAGAUCAUGCUUUAGAGUUACUAGACUUCAAUUUCCCAGAUAAAAAUGUUCGAAGAUAUGCAGUGGAUUGUUUACAAGAUCUCAGUGAUGAUGAAGUGUCUCUGUAUUUACUGCAACUCGUACAAGCCCUCAAAUACGAGAACUACCUGUACUGCCCGCUAGCAGAGUUUCUUCUUGAACGAGCACUCAGAAAUCAACAUAUCGGCCAACAGCUGUUCUGGCUGUUAAAGUCAGAAUUGCACAACCCAAUAGUUACAGUGAGAUUUGGUUUAUUGCUGGAGACGUACCUGAAGGCCAGUCCAGAUCAUCUCAAUGUGUUAUACAAGCAGUUUGAUGCACUCAAUAAACUGAACGCUUUAAGCCAGCUCAUCAAAUCAGAGAGCAAAAGUGUCUCCAAAGAUGAGAAAGUCAUGGAGCAAGCUCGUGUGAACAUGAGGAUAAUUUUAGCACAGAAAUCCUACCAGGAGAAAUUGUCUUUUCUAAAUAGUCCACUGACACCUCUAUAUAGACUCAAAGAUUUAAGCACAGAGCAAUGUAAAUUUAUGGACUCUAAGAAGCGCCCUCUAUAUCUUGUGUGGUCAAAUGAAGAUGAGGAAGGUCAAGAAAUCCACAUUAUCUACAAAAAUGGUGAUGAUCUACGACAAGAUAUGUUAACUUUACAGAUGCUUCAAGUCAUGGAUAGUAUUUGGCAGGCAGAGGGUUUAGAUCUAAGGAUAAAUGCAUACGGAUGUGUAGCUACUGGAUUUGAACAAGGUAUGAUAGAGGUUGUGCGUCGUUCAGCCACUCUUGCCAAGAUACAAAAGCUUGGAAAUAAAGGUGCAUUUGACAAGAAGACCCUGUAUGACUGGUUGAAAGACAAAAACAGGAAGGAUACAGAGUUAGAAACAGCCAUAGAGGAAUUCACAUUAUCUUGUGCUGGGUACACGGUGGCUACAUACGUACUUGGUAUUGGCGACAGACACAAUGAUAAUAUUAUGCUCAAAGAAACAGGACAGUUAUUCCAUAUAGAUUUUGGCCAUUUUCUUGGAAACUUCAAGUCAAAGUUUGGUUUCAAAAGAGAACGUGUACCAUUUGUACUCACUCCACAUUUCCAGUAUGUGAUAACCAAAGGGGAAUCAGAGAAAGAGAAUUACAAAAAGUUUGAAAACUACUGUGUGAUGGCAUACUUAGCUUUGCGACGUCGUGGACAUCUUAUGAUCCGAUUGUUCAUGAUGAUGCUGAUGUCUGGAAUACCGCAGUUAACCUCUGUCAAUGAUCUGGACUACCUAAAAGAAACUUUAGCACUUGACCUCAAGGAUGAUGCUGCAAUAAAACAGUUUAAGAGUAAAAUGAAUGAAGCUCUCAAUUCACGAUCUACUCAGUUUAACUGGAUGGUUCAUUUAAUGGCCCACUAGUAACAGGUCCACAGUAAAUUGAACAAAGUUCUCAAAUCAAGAUCAGCCAAGUUAAACUUGAUUGUGUACAAGAAUAGAUAGAAAAGUGAACUAAAUGUUAUAUUCAGUAGCCCAUAAGGUACAGCAGUAAUGUUUGAUAGAUUCACUAUUGUAGGUCAUAUCCAUGAUGAUUAUUACCUUAUUAUGACACGUAAAUAUGAGCCGUGCCAUGAGAAAACCAACAUAGU